ACCUCCAAGGAGACCCCCGUUACCUGACGUGCUGCUGGAGGUGCCGUGUGCCCUGAAGGCUGCCACCAUGUCCCUGGAGGACAUUAAGAUGAGACCCAGCGACCUGCAGGAGGAGCAGUACCUGGAGAGCGGCGGCUUCGGGGAGGUGACCCUGUGCCGCCACCCGGACCACGGCCUUGUCAUCCUGAAGCGGGUCUACACCGGGCCCAAGCGCACUGAGUACAACAAGUCCCUCCUGGAGGAGGGCAGGAUAAUGCACCGGCUGCAGCACUGUCGGGUGGUCCGGCUGCUGGGUGUCAUCAUGGAGGAGGGGCAUUACUCGCUGGUCAUGGAGUACAUGAAGAAGGGCAGCCUCAUGCGUGUGCUCAAGGCACAGGUCAGUAUCCCCCUGUCUCUCAAAGGGAGGAUCAUCUUGGAGACCAUUGAGGGAAUGUGCUACCUACACAGAGAAGGGGUGAUCCACAAAGACCUGAAGCCCGAAAACAUCCUGGUGGAUGACAACUUUCACAUCAAGAUAGCGGAUCUCGGUGUCGCAUCAUUCAAGACAUGGAGCAAACUGACGCAGGAGGAGCACAACACGCAGCGGGCACUGGAGACCAGUGGCCCUUGGCGAGGUGGUGGCACCCUCUGCUACAUGGCCCCCGAGCACCUGAACGACAUCAACGCCAAGCCCUCGGAUAAGUCUGAUGUGUACAGCUUCGCCAUUGUGCUCUGGGCCCUGUUUGCCAACAAGGAGCCAUAUGAAAACGCCAUCUCUGAGAAGCAGCUGAUCGUGUGCAUCAAGAGCGGGAACAGGCCCAACGUGGAGGACAUCAUUGAGCAGUGCCCGUGGCAGAUCAUCAGCCUCAUGAAGAAAUGCUGGGCGCCAGACCCGGGGCUCCGGCCCUCGUUCAAUGGCAUUGAAGAAAUAUUUAGGCCUUUUUAUGUCUCCCAGCUAGAGAACCUAGUGGAAGAGGCCGUGGCGACUGUGAAGGAAAAGUUCUCAUGUGAAAAUGAUGUCGUGAAGAGAAUGCGGUCCCUGGAGGCCGACAGUGUCCCAUUGCCUCCCAGCCGCUCAAACUCAGAGCAGCCCCGUUCGCUGCACAGCUCCGAGGGGCUAGGGGCGGCCCCCGUGGAGGAAUCAUACUUUGCUCCGGCCCCCGAGCACCAGCCGGAGGAAAACGAGCUCAGCCUGCACAGCAAACUGCAGGAGGAAGCCAACUACCACCUGUUUGGCAGCCGCAUGGACAAGGCCAGGCCACAGCCCGGGCCUGCGCUGGCCGCCGCCAGGGAGGAGGAGAGGCGGCGCCGGGUGUCCCAUGACCCUUUCAUGUCAGAGAGGAAGGGCUUUGUGGCCCCUGGUGCCGCCGCCGCCGGUCCUGACACUGCUGGGCACCCGCUUGGGCCCUACUGGAAUGGGUCCUGCCACACUGCAGGCUUCGGGGCAAGACUCCUGGAACCAGGAACCACGGGGCCCCGAGUCUGGAACGAGCCGAUUCCAAGCUACCUGUAUAAUGCGCUGAAGCUUCCAGUGCUCGAGAACAUCAUGAGCACCCCUACACUGCCGUUCAACUCCCAGCUAUCGAGAGACGAGUCCUCGGGCUGCACCAUUAUCAACAGCAGCAAUAUCCAGGUGGGCAGCAACAACUACAUGGAGAUGUGCGAUUCGGUCGAAGACAUGUACAUGAGCCCCAAAGAGGUGCCAUUUCUGGACCCUGCGUACCAGGAGAUCUUUGCAAACAGCACAAGCCUGACAGACAAGCACCUAGACCCCAUCCGUGCCAACCUGGGCAGGCACUGGAAGUGCUGUGCCCGGAAACUGGCCUUCACCGAGGCCCAGAUCGAUGAGAUCGACCACGACUACGAGCGUGACGGGCUGAAAGAAAAGGUCUACCAGAUGCUCCAGCAGUGGGUGAUGCGGGAAGGGAACAAGGGUGCCACAGUGGGCAAGCUGGCCCAUGCGCUCUACCUGUGCCCACGGCUGGACCUGCUCAACCUUCUCAUCUCUGCCAGCCACAGUUGAGCCCCUGCACUGGGCCCAGGGCACCAGGAUUCGCUCGCCCGCCACCACCCGGGCUGUGUCUGCGCCGGCUGGGCCCCCGCAUUGCCCUUCUAGUGAGGGAGAAAUGAGGCGCAGCCAUACACCAGACCCAGGAGGGAAUCCCAGAGCCAGGGGAAAGGAAAUGGAAAGAAGGGGCCGGAGCCAUAGCACAGCAGUAAGGUGUCUGCCUUGAACGAGGCCAACACCGGACAGAGCCCAGUUCAAUUCCUGGCAUCCCAUAUGGUCCCCAAGCCUGCCAGGAGAAAUUUCUGAGCGCAAAGCCAGGAGGAACCCCUGAGCACCACCGGGUAUGACCCAAAAACAAACAAAAAAAAA